AGCUGUCAUAUGGCUUCAAAAUAAUCAUCGGCCAAAUAUCCAUCCUCCGAUGCCAGGCCAGACGGCCAUGACUUCCAGUGGUGAUCCUUCAAUUAGUCAGUUGGCUGGUGGUGGGGUUAAUCAACGUGGAAGUCUCGCUGGCCUUCUGGUUCCGGGGCUUAGUGUUGGAGGUCUCAGACGCGGUGACUCUAGUCACCUAGCUACUGCGCUGGUCGCCGUUCUUAAUGGCAAAACUAGCAAUGGCAGCGCUAUUGCUACCGUACCUGGUUCAUCAAACAGAUCAGGAAAUUUCCUCAGCCCUUUGACUAAUCUUUUGGCCAGUUUGACUGGAAUAGCGAACGUCGGGACGUUUGCUGGUUCAUCUAGUAUGAAGGAUAGCGAAGCGAGUGGCUCUAGAUCUACUGCAGCUUCAUCGGGCGUAUUCCUUUCCCCUGGCCUUCUUAAUUUGGCUUGGAAAAGAAGCAGCCAUCAUCAGAGUGCCAACAAUAGCAAUAAUGCUAGAUCUCAUUUACCUCAUGACAACACUAAUUGUUUCGCCUUUCUGCCGUCUUCGAUUCCAUCUACCCAAACACUACUUACUAAUGCAUCAAAGAACACAAUCUCUCUAUUUGGCUUGCAUGAUACCUCUGCCUCCCCUCAUACUUCACGGCUGACUGCCCACCUUCCAGGUGCCGGCAACUUAGGCCUCUUUAUUUUGCCAUGCUCAAAUUCGAAUAUCUCCGCUGUCGCUAGUGGGGUGGAUCAAGAUUCCACCUUUAGUGGGGGCUUGGAGGCUGGUGUGAUGGGAGGCCAAGUUGGUCGGCUACACAAAGAGUUCAUCCGCAUCCCUAGAGCCCCAGCAGCUGAGGAUUCGGCCUUGCUAAAUGGCAGUAAAAGUACAGAAGCCAUCCUAGAAGGUGGUGCACAUUGUGAGACUUAUACCUUUGAAAAAAACGACUGUAAACAUACUACUUUCUGGGAUUGGGCUGCUCAAGUGAUGGAGGAGCAUGCCGAAAGAAAAUCAGAGUUGGAAAUACAAUUUUUGAAUGAGGCAGGCACAGGACUCGGCCCUACUCUUGAAUUUUUCUCCUUGAUGGCACUUGAAUUCCAGCGUCGCGAUGCUCUUCUUUGGGUUACAGACGACUCUCUUCAAGAUCCCUACGCAGUAGAUGCCACCUCAAUAAAAUCAAAUUUGCAUCCAACUACGACCGAUUAUCCUGAAACCACUUUGGCCGGCGCACCCACAUCCACCAUCAAUUCAGAAGUUCGUAUGUCUGUUCCCUUACCAGCCUGCAAUGAUCAACUUAUAGGUGCGCUCUCUGAUGUCUCACCAGCUCAUGACCUGCUUUCGUCUGUAUCCUAUGUGUCAAUGCCGAAUGGGCUCUUCCCUGCUCCUGUUCCUGGUGAUUUGGUGCCUGAAAUAGUACUCUACAAGUUUCAUAUAAUGGGCAUUACGAUUGCGAAGUGUCUACAGGACUCUCGGCGCAUAGAUCUGCCUCUUUCCCCACCCUUCCUAAAGCUCAUCUCUACCUACGGUCGGCUGCCUCUCUCGUCAGUUUCGGCCAAACGUCCUCCACCUUUUGCAUCAUUUAGCUCUGAGUCCCAGAGGGGUUAUCUCCAGCAGGCAUCUACAAACUAUCCAUUGUCCGGCGAUAUGGGUGCGACUGAUCUUUCUUCUGAUAUAAUUUCCCCUCAACUCCAUGAACUGGUCGAAAUAGAGUCAUAUGCUGACUAUCUUCGUCCUGAUCCAGCUAAUCCUUGGCUUACUGAUUUCUUCGAAGAGGAAUUCUUAGAAAGCAAAGAAAUAGAUAAAGAUGAAUUGGAGAAACAGGGCAAAUUUAACGAAGAUGAGGUGAUACCAUUAGCAGAACCAAAGCUCUCUCCAGUCUCGUUCUCUGCAUUCGAUCUCCCAGAGGCACCCAAACACUGGUUGGCCGGUUUGCUUGGUAUGGAAGAUCUUAUGCAAAUAUACCCAGAGCGUGGUCGUUUUUUGCGGCAAAUUGUUCAUUAUCUCUAUCGUCGACAGCGUCUUCUCUCCAACUCAGAGUGUCUCUCGCAUCAAUCGUAUCAACGGGAUAACAAUACUCUAAUCAGAUACAAUACAUUUGCCGACCAAAGUUUGGAUUUAAAUGAGAGACUGAAUCUCUUGGAAUGUGAAAUAUUCGGCUGCACAAUAGAAAACCUCUGCUUGGACAUGGAAUUCUUGCCUGUGUCGAAGGUUUGA